UGGAGACCACAGGCCUCAGACUCCCACUUAAGUCUCCUGCUGCCCACGCUCCUGCCUUGAUCUGCAGUUGAAUAAAGGCUGGGCCCCAGGCAGCCAGGUUUGGUGGGCUUGGCUCCUCUCCUCUUCUGUUCUCUCCCCAGUGGCCUCCCAGAAGCCCCGUGGCCAUGACACAGCUGCUUCUGCUCAUUGUGUUUCUCCUGGUCCUGGGUCAUGUGCCUCCAGGGAGAAGCGAAUUCAAACGGUGCUGGAACGGCCAAGGAGCCUGCCGCACUUACUGCACCAAGUACGAAACCUUCAUGCACCUGUGCCCCGAUGCCUCCCUGUGCUGUAUCCCCUAUGGACUCAAGCCGCCAGCGCCCCAUAAGCCCGACCAUGUGUAGCCGGUUCGGGGCUGGCACAUUUGCUCUUCAUAAAACACAUGCUGCCCAUCGUCUCCUCUUG